AUCAUAAAAAGAAAGUUUUAUGACAAACUUUUGAUAAAAAUUUGGGCCUAUAAUUUUAAAAAGCCCAACUCAUCAAUUUAAUCUUUUUGGUCCAAAAAAAAAAACAGUGUAAACUACAGCUCUACUGCCUCUCUACAUCGGCUUUUCUCCAUUAUCGAUCAACAAAGGCUGUAUUUUUGGAGAUCUUUCUCUCUGCCUAGCGGAAUUUCAGAGGAAAGCAUGACAAUAUUUCACUUCUUCAACUGUGCGAUUCUCACUUUUGGCCCUCACGCCGUUUACUACUCCGCCACUCCCUUAUCCGAGUAUGAUACCAUUGGUACUUCGAUUAAAGCAGCUGUUGUAUACCUCGUUACUGCAUUGGUGAAGCUUGUAUGUCUUGCAACCUUUCUUAAGGUAUCUGAAAGCGACAGUUUCGACCCUUAUCAGGAAUUGUUGAAAGCUUUGAUUGGAUUCAUAGAUGUUGCUGGGCUUUACUUUGCCUUGACACAGUUAACUCAUAGGAAUAUUUCUCAAAAUCACAAAUUCCAAGCUGUUGGACUUGGUUGGGCUUUUGCUGACUCUGUCCUUCAUAGGCUGGCACCUCUUUGGGUGGGUGCCAGAGGAUUAGAAUUCACGUGGGAUUACAUUUUGCAGGGUCUUGAAGCAAAUGCUAAUUUGGUGCUGAGUAUAUCACUAGCUGCAUUAGGCUCUCUAAUGUGGCUCAGGAAAAACAAGCCCAAGACGUUGAUUCCUAUAAUAUAUGCUUGCGCAGGAAUAGUGGCGACAAUGCCAUCAAUUACAAGUUAUCUGAAACUGGGCUUGGGGUGGCACUUCCCAAAGGUGGUAGGUUUCGAGCUGUUCACUUCACUGGUGAUGGCUUUCAUUAGCUGGCAGUUGUUUGCUGCAUGCCAGAGACCAUCAAACUGAGGGUCUUGAUAUGAGUCUUGUAGGAAAUUAUUUGACUUGAUCAAUAUGAGGCUGCUGCUGUAGAAUUUGUUGUAAAACUCAACUUUUUUUGAGGCUGUUUGAGAAAUUCUAUACAUAGACAUGGUAGUUGAAUUUUGAAUGGUGAGAAGAGCGGAACUGUUCGUUU